UUUUUGUUUUGUAUAAUUUGUAAAGUUUAAUAUUUCUACACCUUCUUUUUUUUUAUCUAUAUUUAGUAUUUUGUUUUUUAGUGGAUUAUAAAAAAAAAUGGGGAGUGAGGAUAUCUUGACAAUUUUCUUGGUUAUACUUGGGCUAAUAAAUUUGGUUCAACUGGUUGAUGUAACUACAUCUAAAUCUGAUGAGACAACAGGAAUUGAAUCCUUGAAAUCUACACCAGCCCCUAGCUGGCAUGUCCAUGUUCAUGAGGUGAGAAAAUUCACGGCUAGUUAAUAUCUUGAUUUGAAAAUUUAUUUGUAGAGCACUUAUUCAGCUAGAGUUAGUUAAAAAGUAAAUAUAAAGCACAAUGAUAUAUGUUUAUACUUGAAUUAAAUAUUUUUGAUUAGCCUAGGUCCAUGUUUUUGCCUGAGUGUUUAAAUAAAUGGUCACAAAGAGCAUUCACAAGUACAGCACCAUGUUCACACCUGCCCUUAAAUGGACUUGAGGGAUGAACUGGGUGAAUCUUUAUUAAUUGAUUUAGGUCCUACAAGAAACUUGUUUUGUCCUCUUCUGUACCUUGUUAGGGAUUCUAACCAACUGCAAUCCCUCCUAAAUUCCCUAAAAGUUACAGUUAGUCUCCACUUUUAUGAUCAUCAAAUUCUUUUUCCAGAUUUCUUAUUAAUGUUACAUAUAACAAUGGCGUUUCAAAACAGUUUUAAAUAUUUCAUUUGAUAUCAAUAUCUUCAACAACAAAAACAGGAAGGAAGCAACAAUGUCACCUUUAAUGUCACCCUUGAUACUAUCACUUUAAAAGAGAGUUUUUUCUUUACAAAAAAACUUUUUGCAAAGUAUGGUGAUCAGCAGAAUUUAAAUCAGAGUGAUCUCACCUUGCUUUUACAUCAUCUGGGACUAGGCCAAGCCCAUGGUGAGUCAAACUCAAAGCUGUUGUUUACCAAGGGAACAUAUUUUCAUUUAAUUUCUCAAUUAUAAAAUGUUUAGUUUUAAGUCACCUUUAAUUAUUAAUGGCUUUGGUCAAAGAUUAAUUUUACCUAGAUCCCCCUUUAUGAACUUGUUCCUUUAUUCAUGUCUAGAUCAUGGCCUUCACAAACGUUCAGCUGGAACCGUUCACAUACAUACAGAUCAUGAAAAGGUAUUUACCGGUAUUAUGUUAUGCUGUUGAUAUUUAAACCUGAUUAUAUGAACUUGUCUCAAGUGAGCCAACUGGAUAGAGUAAAACCAUUUACAACUAACUAACACAAUUUUGUUGUUUUAUAACUUAAACUUAAAUGUACCUCAGGAAAGUUAACAUUAAAUUAAGGGCUCUUAAAUGUAGGUCCCAGACCUAACUUUCUUUCACAUUUUUCCAUCUUGAGAUUAAAUAGAACGUUUUACAUUUUUUCGCACUUAGUAGUUACCUAUUGUAUAUUUUGCACAGAGUAGACUUUUUAAAAAAAAAAAACAUUGUGCACAGUUUGACAAUUGUAGAUGUUGCACACAGUCGAGCAAUUUUUUUAUAUUUUCCAUGCAAUUGACAAUUGGAAGAUUUUGCACACAGUGCUUCUGCUGUCCCAGUUUGAUGUUUUUUUAAUGCUAAUAUUUUGACCUCCUUUUUGUGUGUAGGAGCAGAUGUUUCUCUAUAUUUGUUACUCGUUUUGAGAAAAAAAAGAGCUCAAGUCGUAUAAGAAAAAACUAUUAUCAGUUUAAUAUUAAAAAAUCAGAUACUGCAACAGUUUGAUUUUAGAUGACAAUUUACAGACAUGUUUACCCUCAAACUCUUAAAAUUGUACAUUAUCAUCACAAAAUUGUUUAAAACAUUAUCUUAAUUGUAAAAAAAUAAAAAUACUGUAUAUAUACUGUAUACACCUCAAAAUCAUACAUUGUAUGCCAAAAUCUUAAGAGUAAACAGGUCUGAAUUCAUAGAAAAAGUUGGGGGGGGGGGGGGGCCACAAAAAAAAUAAGCUUUGCAAAAACAGGUCAGAAUUCAUAGAAAAAGGGGGGGGGGGGGGGGCCACACAAAAAAUCAGCUUUGCCAAAAAUUGUGCAACUUCUAGUCUCAAAUGAUGUACAUAGCAUUUUUCUAAGGAUUUUUUAAAACUCACUCACUUGGGGUUUUGAUUCUUGAAUAAAUUGAUAGUCUUUGGAUCCUCCAAUUGCGCAACAAUAGUUUGUUUUUUUUAAUGUUUGAAAAUCUUUUUAUUUUAAAAAGAGAAGACUUGUAUGUCUUAGUUGCAUUACGUUUAUGCAAUUUUCCUUCCCUCUAUCAUCAUGCAUUGCUAAUCAAAUGGUUAUUCUGACAACUUCUUUAUUUAGUGUCUAUCAGCCCAUGAAAUCCUAGAAGCGUUUCACUUGGCUUCACAAACUAAACUAACAGCUGAAGAGUUCACCUACCUGUGCCCAGCAAUAGUCUUUCAGCUGGACUUGGAUCUCUGCAAGCCUCAUCAUGCCCACGAAGAUAAAACUGAAGAUACGAUUCAUGGCCCAGUGGAGAAUGUGAAUCUUUCAAAAAUACCAUCCAAAGGUAGUUCACAACUUAAUGGCAUCCUCAAAAACAUAGAUAAAUAUUUCAGUUGGACCUGAAUAAUACAUUUUUUUAAUUAUACGAUUAUUUCCCUGAAAGAGUGUAGAGACCAAUGGAUUAAAUUAUAAACUUUAGACCAAUAAUUGCAAUGGCUAAAUUCAUUUUAAUUGUCCUUGCUAGAUUUUCCAAUGCUUUUUAUAACGUCCAAUGGCCAAUGACAAUAAAUCGGUACAACGCUGCUUGUGUCCACACUGCUAAACAGAGAAACUUGAAAUCAUGAGCAUAAACUGAGGGCUUUUAUUUGGAUGAAAUUACACAAUGAUGAAAUGUUUUUCAUAAAGCGUGAUAUGCUUGCCGGAUGAAUAUCUCCCGCUCUAUUUGUCCGGUCGCCUUGCAUGUAGACACUGCCUUGUGUUUAUCGAAGCGAACCGCGAUCUCCAAAUCAUUAUUCAAUUCUCAAUUGAUCCGAUCGUGAUUCAUACUUUUACAAGGCUAAAAAAUAAUUCAGACUUUUUUUGUUUUUUGUUAAAGCUUUCUCAAUUAAAUGGUUAAAUCUAUUGAAAGCGGUGGGUACAAAACUCUGAUCGUUUUAAUGCCAGAGUCAAAGAAAUGUUUCCAGACUCACAGAUUGCUAGAAGAAGAUUGUUAAGAAAUAUUGCUAUGAAACAAGGACAAGCAUAAAAGUUGAUACUCUUUCUAACUUGCUUGUAACUAAAAUCAACUGCAAUGCUAACCUUCAGUUGUCCAAAGAGCUGUUGGACAUGUGCAAAAAGGCCACGAGGGAUAUGCUGGAAAACUGAACUCUUAGCAGCCUGUGAACAUAUGUAAUUUACAUAUGUGCACAAGCUGCUAAAAGUUCAGUUUUCCAACAUAUCCCUAGUGGCCUUUUUGCAUUGUAAAUAAAAUGGAUAUUCUGUUAUAUAUUUAGUAUAUAUCUGUGGCCUAUAUAAACAUUUCCUAUAAUCUUUUUUCUCAUGUUCUUUGGACUUUUCAAAGACAGUGGGGGUAACUUUAUAUUUACUUUAAAAAAGGCUUGUGCAUUAGUUUAUAGAUCUUAAACCAAAGCCCCCCCCCCCCCAAUUGGCACCACCCUCUUGGGGCAGCAGCCUCUCUUCCCCCUUCAUGCAUCCCCCUACAGAUUUUUUUUCUUGGCAGGUAGGCAGGUCUGAGUUUAAAAGGGUACAAGUAAUCCACUGUUUGGCAGCAUUUGAAUUAUUCUAUUUUGGAAAAAUUGUGAAUUUUUAUGAUCAAUUGUUAUUCCUGAGAUUUGCAUUACGAUCACAAACAAAUUUCAUUGAUUUUAUUUCAUUUUACUCGUUGCAGUUUGGGGGUUCAGCUUCAUUGCCGUUCUUAUCAUCAGUCUGGUGGGUCUGCUUGGUGUCGCUGUCAUCCCAAUCAUGCAGAAAGUUUUCUACAACCACUUGCUUCAGUUCCUGGUGGCCCUGGCCAUAGGGGCUUUGUCUGGGGAUGCUUUGCUGCACCUGCUGCCUCAUGUAGGUGGAUAAAUUAGACCCUGUUCACCUCAUGUAGGUGGAUAAAUUAGACCCUGUUCACCUCAUGUAGGUGGAUAAAUUAGACCCUGUUCACCUCAUGUAGGUGGAUAAAUUAGACCCUGUUCACCUCAUGUAGGUGGAUAAAUUAGACCCUGUUCACCUCAUGUAUGUGGAUAAAUGAGACACCAUUCACCUGAUAGUGUGGAUAAAUGAGACACUUUUCUCCUCAUGUAGGUGGAUAAAUUUGACACCAUUCACCUGAUAUAAUGGAUAAAUUAGACAUUUUUCAACUUAAGCAAGUUAAUAAAUUAUUCAUUUUUCUCAUGUAGGUGGGUAGAUAAGACUAUUCACCAUUGUAUUAUGAAUUUUAAAUUUUUAUAGAGUUUCAUCCCUUUUUUUUCUUUUUUUCAAAUUUUAUUUUCUUAAAUGAUCUAAUCAUCAAAUUAAAUUGCUUUUUUUAUUUGUGAAAUGAAUAUAUCUAUUUUUGUCUGCAACUUUGAAACCAGUUCUCAGUGUAGUUAUACUGAUAUAAUUUCUCAGUGUAUUUGAAUAAUGUUGUCAGAUCUCCAUGUGAUUCAAUAUCCUCCACCCUCAGGCUAUAAUUGGAUCAUCCACUCACAAACAUGAUCAUGAUGCUGAGAUGGCUGAGGAACAUGACCAUUCAGCUGCAGCUUGGAAAGGUUUGAUGGCCCUUGGAGGCAUUCUGUUCUUCUUUGUCACUGAGAGACUGCUGACGAUAAUCACGGUGAUUAAACGAAACAGAAAUUCAAAGGUGAGAUGGGUCGAUGGUCUUCCUUUCCUUGGGUCAUCUGUUGGAUAUUUGUUGUCAUUUUAUUUAAAAUUAAAGUGAACAGAUUUCCAGUUUGUUCCUGCUAACCUGGGUCCAAGGUUGAAAUUUAAGAUUGAUUGAAAUACACUCAUUGUAAUGUUCCACACUUGAUAUAACAAUUAAGAACACUGACACGCUGUCCAUUUGCCUUCUUUAAUCAUCUUGCAGAUAUCAGCAAGUUCACAAAUAUAACAAAGUCUAUAAAUUCAUAUCGCCGUAUUAACAAGUUCACAAAUAUAACAUAGUCUAUAAAGUCCAAAUGAAAGAAUAGCUGCACUGAAAAGAAACUUGAUGACCGUUAAAAUCUAUCACGACUUACCACUUCCACUCUCAAAAUCAAGACCACACGCUGCCCUAAAUCCUCGUCUCCCAACAUAAAAGUUAUAAACAUUCUGACAUGCUUUUUGACAGUUCCCAACUUACGACCAAAACAAAAUAUUCAAAACAAAACCCAAAAGAUUUUCACAAAAAGAAUCCCAAUAAAAUUCACGAAACAAAUUACAACUACUUGUGUCCCAGGUAAUUUGUUAAGCUGUUGCAGACUUUUUAAAAUUGGGGGUAAUUUUUUUAAUUUUUUUUUAUUAAGAGUUGAUAAGUCCAAAAUAAAAAAGUAUAUAUUUUAAUCCCAUUACAGCGACAAAACAAGAAGAAAAGAUGUCAAAAAUUCUGUGAUAUAGAAUCCAACAAAACUUCAGUGGGUGCUAAACUUAGCCACAGACAGACCAGCGAGGAUGGGUGUGACCGUACGGUCAUGCUGGUCCACCCCAAUAAAGGUAAGGAUUUCACCAUGAUCUGGCACAGUUGGUCCAUAUUUAUGUUUUGAGCAUGCUGCUGAUGUUGGUAUUUUAUUGUUCAUGUCAUUUCUGUGACUGUAUAGUUUGAAGAGGGGGGGGGUUCUACUUUUCAUAACUCAUAACUCGCGAAAUCAUUAGCGUCAUAACUGUAAAUAAAUUUUCUUUAUUUCUCUCCUUUUAUAGAAAAAUGACAGUUCCUAAAUUUAAACUGUGCAAAAUGUUAGGUAACUCAAAGUGUUGAGUUUUCUAUUAAUUCUAUUCUAUUUGCAUUAUCCACAAAGUUUGUAUGAACCCAUUCACUCCAGAUUUUUGGAUUCCCUAUUGGGGACUUAAUAAAAAUUAUUUAAAUCAUUUGACUCAUGCUAGUUAAUGUAAAGUGUGAAAUCUUGAACUGUGAGAUUGUUUCUUGCGCAUUGUAAUCAGGGAUUGGUCAUUUGAAAUUAGUUUUGAUGGUUUUAACAAUUAUACAUACCACUUUUUAAAAAAAAUCAAAUUUAUUUGUUGGAGCCGCAAAUUUACAAAAGAAUGAAUAAUGGUGUUCUGGUUUCUAUGCAUGCACAGAAGAUGUUGAUGUUCACCUUCUUGUUUGCACGAUUUGCUUCUUAGCAUUUUAAGGUUAUAGCCAAGCUAUGUAGUAACUAGCCUGCCCUAUGUCAAUGUUCACAUUCUGGCUUGCAUGAUCGCUUGUAGCUCUGUGUUAUUGUCACUUGUUGUAGUAACUAUCCUGCCUAUGUUAACCACAUGUUAUUCUAGAUGAGGCCAGUGGAGGAUCUGCCAAUGGUAUGAUCUUUUUUUUUUUUGCCUCACCUUGACCUACUUUUCCCUUGAACCCUAAAGCUUUAUAUUAUAGAGCUCUUCAGCCAAAUGUAACACUGUUCACCUUUUAUGGAUGUAUAUCUAGCUAACACUAUUUAAAUUCUACUGUUCAAAAAAGACCAGUAGGUUUAUUAGGAAUCAAAUGGGAAAUAUGAUAGUGAUUUUAGCUCAUUAUAAUUCCAUGAGUCUUAAUAGACCAAUUGAGGGUCAGUCAGUUCAUUAUAAUUCCACUAGGAUCAGUUGUCCAUUGAGAUGAGUCAUAAAGUAAAUGUACCACUGCAGAGAUUUGGUUGUCAUUGUAUGGAUCUAGAACAGGGAUGGCGCGCCACGUAAUUUUUGGGGCCUGCAGAUGCCUUAUUAAUCACGAAUAAGCUUUUAUAAAUAUAAAUUUCUAACAAAUAAGCGCAAAAAAAUAUCUCAGUUGAUCUUGACACCAAAACAUGGUCAGUAAACAAAACAAACACUCCAAAGCAUAAACUGAACAAAUACACAUGACACAAUUCAAAAAUAAUAAACAUGUUUCAGAUUUGGAUCAUUUUAUACCACUUACAGCUGAAUAAAAAAAAUAUUGUCAGUGCACGCCUAGAGUAUAAGCCAAAUCUCCUUGGGAAAAAAAAUCAACUUCAUAAGGCUUGUUCCUCUUCAGAUUUCGCGAUCAGUGAGUGAUUGGUAUUUGGAUUAUAUAUAUAUAUAUAGAGAGAGAGACAGAGAGAUUAGUUGUAAGGACAUGUGGCCCGCUAAAAUGUUUACUUGCUAUCAAAGUGACCCGCGAAGCCUUUUGGGUUGGCCACCCCUGAUCUGAAAUAAGCCUUCGUUUUUAAUAAGGAUUUCUACUCUAUCUCCAGCUUUACAGCAGGGGUUUUCAAAGUGGGUUUGCAAAUAAUCCUGAGGUGGGGUGCUUCUAAGCUGGGUUUUUUUUUGUACUCAAUAAUAAAUAUGAUGUAUUAGUUCACUAAUGAUGAGAGUGUCUGACUGCGGUAAAGCUUUCAAGUAGAUCAAUGUGACACAAACAGUUUGUGUUAUUAAAACAAUAUAUGUUCAGCUUUAAUAAUGGUUACACAGAAUACAACAGCAAACGUUUACCAAAUGCCUUCAGCAAUGUUUUUUUUUCCUGUUUGGUUUUUAAAUUUUACUUCCACCCACUUCCUUUCUGUUCUCCUGAGCUUUUUUUGUUGUUUAGGGACUUGUGCCCAUUCUUCUUCUUUUCUUGCAUUUUAGGAAAGAUAUUUAUUAUAUGUAAAUUUAAUUUAUACUUAUAAUUUGUAUGAAUGUUUUUUGUGCUGAUGAAGGCAUUUGCCGAAACCUUUGCAAUUGUGUUCUGUGUAACCAUUAUUAAAGCGUAACCUAUAUUAUUUUAUUUGACACAAAUUUUUUAUGUCUCUGGAAUAUUUUACACAUGAUUAUUAUAUAAAACUUUUUUAAAAAUCAAAUUGAAAGGAUUUUUUUGGGGGUGUUUUUUUUUGUAGGGGAGACCAUUGAGAAAAACUUUGAAGACCACUGCGCAACACUUUAAACCAAGCCUUACACCAUUCAUAAUAUUUUACCCUCCAUCAUAUCCCGUCUGCUAACUGAAUCCUUAUGUUUUCUUUAUAACUAUUUGAUAUAAAUUAACCACUCAUAACUCUGCAAAAAUACGUUGGAAUCUGCAUUACCCUGAAUUAAUGAUUCUCAGAAUAGCAUUCAGUAAUUUUCACAUUUAACAGACAUAACGACAUAUUUGAAAAUAAUGCAAUAAAUUUCAUUAUUUUUUAGUUCUAUCCUUUAUGACAAAUUAAUUGGAAUGCACAUGUGUUAAAUCUACCUCUGCUUGUUUACGUUUAUAUUUUGUGCAUAUUGUCUAUUUAAAAAUGUACUCAUAUUACUGAACAAAUUGUAGGUUCAUUCCUAUUGUUAACUUUAAAAAAAAUACUGGUACCAUAUUCAAAAAUGUUUAUUUCGAACAUUUAUUAUAGACCUGGCAUUAACUGUCCCGCUACUGCUUGUUACCAGAUCAUGCUGUAAAAGUACAAAAGUAUUAUUGAAGUACUUCUUCCUCACUGUCUUCUCAUGAGUGCACACAUGACAGUUUGCUGUCAUCAGUGGCGUAGCGAGGGUGUUUGGCGCCCGGGGACAAGAUUCGCGCCCGGGGACAAGAUCCAUUUUUAGCGCCCCUUUUUCUUUUUUUUCAACUCUCAAACCCAUUAUUUUCAUCAAAGCACAUUUUGGCGGCCCAGCUAGCUGGCGCCCGGGGACAUCUGUCCCCCCCCCUGCCCCCACCACGCUACGCCUCUGGCUGUCAUACCUUAACAUCUUUGAUGAUAUCAGAGUACUCAGUACUUUAAACAAAGUUAGAUAUUUUUCAUGAGUUGGGUAAAAUGCUGAAAAGAUCCGACUGGCCGUUACCACCACAGUUAGCUUGGUUUGAAAAGAUCUUCUUUCCUUGUGUAAAUGAUUAGUAAAUCAGUAUUCUCUUGGUCCCUAUUGAAUCAUAGUGUGUCUCAUAGUAACCCCACACCAUCUUCAACGUUCAGAAGACAAUUAUAAAAAUGUGUUUAGCCUUCACGAUAUGUCAAUAAGCUUCACAUUUACUCAUCUGGAAACUAAAAUUUCAUUUAUCAUGAUAAAAUUUUGGAUAUUUAAAAAAAAACAAAAAAACUAAUGACAUUUAAUUCAGAACUUGACGUUUUUUCCACUGUUAACAGAAUUAACAGCAUGGUCAGUAAAUUCUAUAAUUUGACUUUCAGCACUGAAGAGCUAUGCAGAUGCAGCACAUGAAGAGUUCCUGCACCAAUGUGAUGAUGAAAUCACACUGAAAACCAAGACCAAGCAAUUGUCAGAGAAAGAGGCAGAGAUGGAACUAAUGGAAGUCUCAAGAGCUACUGACCAGAAUGGUGUCGGCUUUGUCCACUCUGGUGGUCAUUCUCAUGGCCAUGGUCAUGCACAUGGUGUCCCCACUUCGGUAGCAGCUGUUGCUUGGAUGGUCAUACUAGGUAUGUGAAUUAUUUUUUUCUUAAAUAUCUAAUAAUAAGAAAAGUUAUUGAGUUGGAAAUUGACAAAACUUGAGAGAGAUAGCUUUCUUUUACCCCUGCAAACAUGAAAAUCUUCAUUUUGUAGAGUUAGUAUCAGUUCCCAACCAUAGCCUUGUUUAUAUCCACUUUAUAUUAUAGCUAGGUCUAGAUAGAGAAUGAAUAGACUUAAACAUUUUUCACUUUUUUAAAUUGUAUAGAUAAUAAUUUUUUGUAUCAUAAUUAACUUCUGAAGUUUUGUUUACAUCAGUAUUUGUGUUUCCCCCUUUUCCAGGGGAUGGCAUCCACAACUUUAGCGAUGGCCUGGCCAUCGGUGCUGCCUUCGCCAACAGUAUAACAGGAGGUUUUAGCACAUCCGUGGCUGUGUUCUGUCAUGAGCUGCCCCAUGAAAUAGGUCAGUAGUCCUCACUCUGUUCUGCCUGGAUUUAUUAGUAUUUUUUUUUUGUAUCUCUGUUAUUAAGUGAAUAUGAUGAAAAAUUUAAAAAAUUGUGUUUGUGAGCAUUAAAGAAAGCCAUCGAUUUAUUUCUCAAAUAAAUCUUAGGCCAAUGGACCAGUAGUUAUUUCUGUGACAGACCAUGACCAUAUGAGUUAAAAAAUGUAUUCUAAUUUCUCCAGGGGAUUUCGCUGUGUUGCUCCGCGCAGGGAUGACUGUUAAACAAGCAGUUCUCUACAACUGUUUGUCUUCAUUGCUUUGCCUGGUUGGCAUGUUGAUAGGUGUAGCCAUUGGCAAUAUAUCAUCAGCCUCUUUAUGGAUAUUUGCUACUGUAGGGGGGAUGUUCCUGUACAUUGCCUUAGUGGACAUGGUCAGUAUUCACCUAUUAUCUUUAUAUUCAGUCGGGAUGGUCAGUGUUUACAAUUUAACUGUAGUAUAGAUAAAUGCCAUGAAGUAUAAUAAUAAUCUCAGUGUAUGGACAUUUUAUAUAGUCUAAUUAAUCUUAUAAACUCCAUGUCUGAACAGUUUAUCAGUUUUAACAAAUGCUGUAUUGUUUUAACAGUUGCCCGAAAUGAGUUCAGUUGACCCUAAGAAGGGAGAGAAUCCAUUCCUACAUUUAUUUCUUCAAGUUCUUGGCAUCUUGCUUGGAUCUGGAAUCAUGCUGCUUAUUGCCCUUUAUGAACAUGACAUCAAAAAGUCCUUUGGCUAAGCUGAUUAAAAAGUAUGUCUUGUGUCUUAUCGGUACCCAGAAAUCCUAGAAGGAUAGCAUUUAUUUUUGUCUUUCUUUUGAUCUUUGUUCAUUUCAAGAUAAAAUCUCAAUUUUUUACCUAAGUGCAGUCACGUGCCCUCAUAUUUGCAAACAGCACUGACAUUUCUUUACUGUGCAACCACUAGCUAUUUAAAUGCCGAUUUAUGCAUCAAUUAAAAAAGAUUAUAAAAUAUUCGUAAUUUUCUCUUCAAAAAAAAGAUAAAAAUGAAUUCAAUUUAAUGGUUUUAUUAAAAUAUAAAAAACUGAUACCGCAUAUACUUGUUUAUAAGCCUGUACCGCAUAUACUUGUUUAUAAGCCUGUACCGCAUAUACUUGUUUAUAAGCCUGUACCGCAUGUACUUGUUUAUAAGCCUGUUGGUUCAUAAGCCAACCCUCUUAGUUGUAACCGGUAACAGCCCCAAGUAUGUAAUCUGAAGCCAUAAAAUAAUAUGUCAGUGGAAACAAUGCUGUACCAUAGAAAAUAACACUUUUUAAAAAAAAAUCCAAAGUAAUUAUUGUGCAAUUAAAAAUACUUAAAAACUAAACAACAUGCAGUGUUAUGGAAAAAACAGAUGCUCACUUCGCUUGUCAAACUGUAUUUUUGUGUAUGGUAACCAUACUAUACAUUCCAAAAUUAGGACCUCGGCAAUCUGAAAUGGCUACUUCAUUUCUCAGUGGAGGUACUUUGAUAAUCUCAAAGCCUGGCCAAAUAUCAGCAAUAGUUAAAUGUCUGACCAAACUAUGUGCAGAGCUUUUUUGUUGACUGAUGUCAAUCCCUUUAAUUUGGCUUAUGAACAAGAACAUGCGGU